AUGAAUUCAGAUGAAGAUUGCCCUGUUACACCACCAAAAAAGUACAAACGAGGUUCAAACAUUUUUGUAGAUGACUGGUUAACAUCUGGUGAAUUUAAAGGAUGGCUAGAAAAAGUUCCAGAUGACGUCACUAAAGCUAAAUGUAAAGCUUGCAAGACCUUAUUAAACUGCGGUAAGAACGACCUUCAAAAGCAUGCUGCUGGGAAAAAGCACUGUGAUAAUAUAAAAUUAAUCAAGGCAUCAGUAAACAUCAGAGAUGCAUUACAACGUCCGACGUCUAAUUCGGAACAAAAAAAAAUCAGUGAAAGAAGCUGA